AAAUGGCUUUUUAAAUGACGAACAAGGGCUCCCUUUGGCCUUUGUGUUGUCAUCCUGACUGACCCCAAGGCUGGUCAUGGAAGCUGCUCCAUCCACACAACCAGCCAGGAGGAAGUCGGGUUUUAUCUUCUUUAUUUAAUUUCUUCCAUUCUUUAAGACUUUACAACUAACUUAGUCUUAGUUUUCUAGCAGAGAAUCAGAGUCAGUCAAAUUUACCUACAGGGCAUAAGAGGAAGGAAAUAACCCUGUCUUUAAUACAAACAGGUGCAAUUGUCAAAGCUGGUACUGUGGCUUCUGCCUGCCUUGUGGGGGUCUGGGAGGCACUUCCCACUCAUAUCCCAUACCUGUCAGCCUCACUCACAGGCCAUUUGGUGGAGGGUGUCCUCAGGCCUAGCCUAUGAACUCUGCAACUGUCAGAAGCUCACGGGUCAGCCACAAACUCCACUCUGCCUGCCAGUGGGCAUCAGUAAGGGUCAGACUAAAUGACCCAGGCCUCCAACAUCUGAGGAAGAAGAGCCUUUUAUCUAGGAAGUGACUUUUCUGGAUGCUGAGUGUAAUUAACUGUUUUCUGUCAUUGAAGAUCCCUGAAGAGCACGACCUGGAGAGUCAGAUCCGCAAGGAGCGGGAGUGGCGGUUCCUACGGAACACCCGCGUCAGGAAGCAGGCACAGCAGGUCAUCCAGAAGGGCAUAACCAGAUUGGAUGACCAGAUUUUUCUGAACAGGAACCCCGGCGUCCCCUCUGUGGUUAAAUUUCACCCCUUCACACCGUGCAUAGCUGUGGCCGACAAGGAUAGCAUCUGCUUUUGGGACUGGGAGAAAGGGGAGAAGCUGGACUAUUUCCACAAUGGAAACCCUCGGUAUACCAGGGUCACUGCCAUGGAGUACCUGAACGGCCAGGACUGCUCCCUUCUGCUGACGGCCACAGAUGAUGGUGCCAUCAGAGUCUGGAAGAAUUUUGCUGAUUUGGAAAAGAACCCAGAGAUGGUGACUGCAUGGCAGGGGCUCUCAGACAUGCUGCCAACAACACGAGGAGCUGGGAUGGUGGUGGACUGGGAGCAAGAAACCGGCCUCCUCAUGAGCUCGGGGGAUGUGCGGAUCGUCCGGAUCUGGGACGCGGACCGCGAGACAAAGGUGCAGGACAUCCCCACAGGCGCUGACAGCUGCGUGACGAGUCUGUCCUGCGACUCCCAUCGCUCUCUCAUCGUGGCUGGCCUCGGUGAUGGCUCCAUCCGUGUCUAUGACAGGAGGAUGGCGCUCAGUGAAUGCCGCGUGAUGACCUACCGGGAGCACACGGCCUGGGUAGUGAAGGCAUACCUGCAGAAGCACCCCGAAGGCCACAUCGUGAGCGUGAGCGUCAAUGGAGAUGUGCGCUUCUUCGACCCUCGGAUGCCUGAGUCUGUGAAUGUGCUGCAGAUCGUGAAGGGGCUGACGGCUCUGGACAUCCACCCCCAGGCAAACCUCAUCGCAUGCGGCUCCAUGAACCAGUUCACUGCCAUCUACAACGGGAACGGCGAGCUGAUCAACAACAUCAAAUACUAUGAUGGCUUCAUGGGCCAGCGAGUCGGAGCCAUCAGCUGCUUGGCCUUCCAUCCACACUGGCCUCAUCUGGCGGUGGGAAGCAAUGACUACUACAUCUCUGUGUACUCGGUGGAGAAGCGCGUCAGAUAGCGGCGUGGGGCUGGGCCAGAUGGUGGCCUCCCUCCGGUGUACAUAGUGACCACCACUCGCCCUAGGUCCAGUGCCUGCAGUGGGAGCCUCGGCUCCUGACUUGGCCACUGCUGAGGGGCCUGCACUUUCUUUCUUCCUGUCUUCGCAAUACUGUCUACAAAGUCCAGGGAAGGGGAGGGCUUUGGUUUGACAUUGCUUCUUGCCCAGAACCAGCACCCAGGCACUGAGGACCUCACAGGGCAUCACAGUGUGUCAUGGUCCCUUUCCUGUCCUGUUUUUCUUCUGAGGUUUUUCAAGGGGACACGUUUGUUUUAUUUCCUUGUGAUCAGAACAUUAGUCCUGGCAGAGAAGCCAGACUGGGGCUCCUGCAGGCUCUGGGGUGGCUGUCCCCAUCGGACCCUGGCCCAGUCCCACUGUCCUCUCAAAGUGUGAGCCAGGAAUCCCUCAGAGCAAGCUGGACAACACUGGAGAUGCGAGAGAACAAGGAGAGGAAAGCAAGUCGUCACCUGCAGCCAGCAGGUGUGGAGGGAAGCUGCUGGAGCCCAACCCUCCUGGAGCUCCUGGGGCUGCUCAGCCCACCCAACCCCCUCUGCUGGGUAUGUCAUGGUGUUAUGAGGAAAGGGGGCCACCCUCCUGCACAGCCAGACCUUGGGGCUCCAGUGUGGGCCCUUCUCACAUUAAGCUCUUUGGGGAGGGAGCCCUGGGCUCUGGACAGAAGAGACAGGUUUAUGGCGAAUCAGCUGCCACCUCACUCCAGGCUCUUCCUACAGGAUAGCAGCAGUGGCCCUGGCCCCUUCUCCCUGCUGUGCUACACAUAGGUGCACACAUGCACAUGUGGGUGCCUGGUCUUCCUGCUUGUGCACACAUAGGUGCACAUACACUACAGGCACCAUGUUCUCCCUGCCUGUGCUGUACACUUAUCACACACAGAUGCAAAGGCUCUGUUGGACCCCAGAGGGUCUGUGUAGUGACAGCCCAUUGCACUGGUGUGGCUGAGCCUCACAUCAUGCAGUCUGUAAUGCAGAAGAGCUGCUCGGUGGUCACGCUAGUGUGUGACGUGUGUGUGUGUGUGUGUGUGUGUGUGCGUGUGCACGCGCGCGUGCGCGCACACACUCAGGGCAAGUCAGGGAGCUGAGUGGACAAGUUAGUCCUGAGGAGGAGUGCAGAGGAUUGCUGAGCAGUUGCACACAAACAAAACACAACCACAAUGAUGGGAUUUUGAAAAGCAUUUUUUCCAUUUUCCUUGGGAAUCAGGAUCUUUAAGUGGUGGAGAAGUGAGGUGGCUUCAUUGAUUGUGCCAAUAGGAGCCAGUAAUGGUGGGAGUGUAAAUCGGAGUCAGGACAGAAAGACAAGGUCCCUGGUGCUGUGGACGAUGUUUAUGUUUUGGCCAAGAGCAUCUUGUAGGUAGAUGGAACCCUGCAGGCAAUGUCAGGCUGACUCCAGAGCCAGAUGGGGCCAGAUGGGGUAGGACAGAGAGGGAGAUCCCUGUGCCACCCUAGAAAGCGUGCUCCCAUCAGAAGGAGACUCAGAAUGAGUCCCAGCCCCUCAACUGGGUGAGCAAGCAGCCUAGAGUAAGUCCCAACUUCCCAGGAGUCCACCUGCUCAGCUCUGCAGGUGUUCCACAGGUGACUCCAGAAGCUGAGCUCCGCCACGGACACAGACUCAGGGUGGUUCCACUCAGUUUCAUACUAACUUGUGUUCCUGUUUGUUUUGAGACAAAACCAUCACUGGCAAAGUGCAGAUGGCUCCGGGGGCCAGACCUUCCCUCCCCAGCCAAAGUCCCUGCAAGUCAUGCACACUGGGCCACUAGUGGGCCGGGUCCUCAAGGUCUGACGCGAAAAUUCAAUCAUGAAGUUAACUGAGGCUCGAGAGAGCGUUGACCUAGAGUUCAUUAUCUCUAUUUAUUUUACCAAAAUGAGAAUUAAAAAAGACUGACAAAACAUGGACUUGUAAUGUGAAGCUCAGAGCAGUAACAAAUAGCAAACUGUUAAUAAAGAAUAGAGAAAUACAGAAGUGACCAGUGUUCGCCCCUUUGGCCUAGGGCUCGCUGAGGGCUGCCCUCAAGGCCCCUAGAGGCCACAGCUGCAAGGCUUAGAGGCCUAUGAGACACUGAGAGGACUAGGUCCUGAUGUGCCAUGUGCUGCCAUGGCUCCUACCUGCUGGAGCCUGCUGGUGUGAUGCUAGCCAGUGUGUCCUGUGUUUCUCUUGGUUCCCCGGGGCUGCCUCUGGCCACAAGUGGCUGAUCUAGUGCUGUGGUGGGCAAGGGUAACUGUGACUAAAUUCCCUGGGGAGGGCAACUGCUUCAGGCCUUCCAAGCCCAGACCCUCCAAGCCCUGGCCAGAAGGGAGGGCAGACAAUUACCAUGGAAACCUGAAGUCCUCCUGGCUGGGAUUCCCAUGCCAAAUCCUAACUUGCGUUAUACAAGAAGGCUGCCCAGCAUUCACACAGGCGGGCCGGCCAGCUUUGGUUGAGCAUACUAUUUUUCCUGUUAGCAUCAUUUUCUGUUGUCGGCACAGCCUGAACACAAAUUGAGUGCUCCUGCAGAUGGGGGUGGGGUGGCUGUGUGGCCGUGAGGGGCCAGGCUGCAUGCUAGCUGUGGACAUGUGCCCAAAAGAAGGCCCAGUACCACCUCAAGAACCAAUGCCUUGCCUUGGGGUGAGAGGCCAAAGACAGCUGUCCUGAAGAAAGAGCUUCCUCUGGGGCUGCCUCUGUGGGGUCUCCACAUCGGCAUCCCACACAUGACUGGCAUCUGUCUACAUCCUCUUCCUGGGCUUUUGGCAGAUGGUCCCCGGGGAAGGCCAGGGGAGGUGGGCCUUGGGUCAUUCUGAUUUAGUCACUGGAUUGUUCAGGGGCUUACAUGUCCCCAGAAGUGAGACAGCACCUAGCGUCAGGAGACCAAGGGCAAAUGAAGGAAAAGAGGGAGCUGGUGCUAUGGGGCUGAGCUGUGUCUCCCAAAUCCUCACGCUGCCGCCCUAGCCCCAGCUCCUCAGAACAUAACCGCACUAGGAGACAGGGUCUUUCCCAAGUCCAGCGGGUCAAACCACAGUCAUGGCGGCCCUAAUUCCAUCUAUGUCCUUAUGAGAAGAGCACAGGACACAGGGUCUGCCACGUGAGAACAUGGAGGAGAUACCAUCUGCACACCAAGGAAGGGCCCCAGGAGGAACCAGCCCUAGUAAAACCCUGAUCUCAGACUUCAGCCCUCCAGAACCAUGGGAGGACAGGCAGUCAUUGGAGCUGCUGAUUGAUGAUGACUGGCUGCAGUGGCCCUGGGACACUAGAACCACUGUUAUCUCCAGACUGGCUCCCUGCCCAUCUCCUCAUCUUAACACGGGGCAG